GGACAAACCUAAUCUGUUUGCUUUUUGGAAACCUUAUCCCCUGAAAUUUUCGGAAGGCUGUGAUGGGUAGCUCCGCUAGAAGUAAGUUUGACCUCUUCGGCAGUCCGUACCAUGGGACUCCAAUUUAGACCUUAACGGUAGGCGUACGGUAACUUUCUGAACUACAUUUCCCAGCGGCCUCCAUGUUCGGCGCUCCGGGAGAAUGACCCUGUGGGGAAGAAUGGGCCGGGUUGGGCAGACUGUCUGAGUGCUUUGUGAGAGCUGGCUUCGAUCAGUUCGCAGUAGAAAAGAGUGGGACUGACUCUACAAUAGGAGGCGUAGAGGCCUAGCCAGAAUGACGUCUGAAAUGAUGUGCUCCUAGAAGAGUCUGGUGUUUCCUGAUUUCUUCCUCCUUCCUCAGCUCUGCCAUGCUUGGAUGUAGACCUCCAGAAAGGAGUAAAGAAUGGCUGUUGAAUUGAACAUCAUCCACAAAGCAUCUGCAAGUAUUCUGGAUUGAACUCGAGGCCUUCACACUGAGCUACAUCUCAAGCAUUUUUAUUUUAAUUUUUAGAGAGAGUCUCACUAAGUUGUCCAGGCUACGCUUGAACUUGUUAGCCUCCUGCCUCAGUUUCCCAGAGAACUGGGAUUAUAGGUGUGCACCACUAAGCCUGGCCAAAAAAAUAUAAUGUGAAUAAUUUUUAUUCCAUAUGCUGGAUAUCAAAUUUACCUACCAAAUGCAGUGAUUCUCUCCUGGAGUUCUGGAAAAUAUACUUGGAUGUUACUUUUAAAACAAUACGUAUUUUCUGUUUUCUUUGAAAAAUUUCAAAACAUGCAGAAAAAUUAAAAGAAUAUUCCAGUGAAAUGACAGAAAGUGUGGUAGUAAUUCUAUGUGAUCUAUCUGUCCUUUUUCAGAACUGUGAAUCAAGGUUCAGACCAAGAAAUUAUUUCUGAAAAAGAAUAUUUAUGGAAUAGAAUCAUCCUGAUGGGAAAUAAUGGAAAGACUUACAAAACACAGCAUUGAGUGUUCAAGUUUCAGAGGUGAUUGGGAAUGGAAAAGCCAGUUUGAGAGAAAACAGGGAUCUCAGGAAGGACCUUUCAGUCACAUGAUAUUUACUCCUGAAGACACUUUUAGUACUCAGCAUCAGACAGUUCACACUGAUGAGAAACUCCUCGAAUGUAAAGAAUGUGGGAAGGAUUUUAGUUUUGUAUCAGUCCUUAUACGACAUCAGCAAAUUCAUACUGGUGAGAAACCUUAUGAGUGUAAAGAAUGUGGCAAGGCCUUUGGUAGUGGUGCUAACCUUGCAUACCAUCAGAGAAUUCAUACUGGUGAAAAACCUUAUGAAUGUAAGGAAUGUGGAAAGGCCUUUGGUAGUGGCUCAAACCUUACUCACCACCAGAGAAUUCAUACAGGUGAGAAACCAUAUGAAUGUAAGGAAUGUGGGAAAGCCUUUAGUUUUGGAUCAGGUCUUAUUCGACAUCAGAUAAUUCAUAGUGGUGAAAAGCCUUAUGAGUGUAAGGAAUGCGGGAAGUGCUUUAGUUUUGAAUCAGCUCUUACUCGGCAUCACAGAAUUCACACAGGGGAAAAGCCUUUUAAAUGUAAAGAUUGUGGGAAAGCUUUUGGCAGUGGUUCAAACCUUACUCAACAUCGGAGGAUUCAUACUGGUGAGAAACCUUAUGAAUGUAAAGUAUGUGGAAUGGCAUUUAGCAGUGGUUCAGCCCUUAAUCGGCAUCAGAGAAUUCAUACGGGUGAGAAACCAUAUGUAUGUAUUGAAUGUGGAAAGGCCUUUGGUUUUGGAUCAGCCCUUACUCGACAUCAAAGAAUUCACACUGGUGAGAAACCUUAUAUAUGUAAGGAAUGUGGGAAAGCUUUUAAUAGUGUCUCAGAUCUCACACAGCAUCAGAGAAUUCACACUGGUGAGAAACCCUAUGAGUGUAAGGAAUGUGACAGAGCCUUUAGAAGUGGUUCCAAACUUAUUCAGCAUCAAAGAAUGCACACUGGGGAGAAACCAUAUGAAUGUAAAGAAUGUGGUAAGGCAUUUAGUAGUGGCUCAGAUCUUACUCAGCAUCAGCGAAUUCAUACUGGUGACAAGCCAUAUCAAUGUAGAGAAUGUGGGAAGGCCUUUGGUAGUGGCUCAAAACUUAUUCAACACCAGCUAGUUCAUUCUGGUGAAAAACCCUAUGAAUGUAAGAAAUGUAGAAAGUCCUUUAGAAGUGUUUCUUCUCUAAAUAGGCACCAGAGAAUACAUGAUGAGAAAACCUAUGGAUGUAAGGAAUGUGGGAAGACUUUUUCUAGUGACUAGAAUGUUAUUCAAUAUCAACAUCUGAGAUACCACACUGGAGAGAAACCUUGUGAAUGUAAGACGUAUGGAAAAUUUGUGGAGGGGCGAUUUUCAGCAACAUAAGAAAAGUCACAAAGGUGAGAAGUUCAAUGAAAUACAAAGUCUGUGAAAUAAAGUUAAAUAAUGAAGGACUUUCAACGCAUGACAUAAGAAAAUUAAUAAUGCUGAAAAUCCUUACAAAUAAAAUCAAGGCACACAAGACUUAUGCUUUAUAGGAUAGUUAGCCUAAGAGAAUUAAUGCAGAAGAAAACUAUCCUGAAUAAAAUAUAUACUGGAAGAUCUUUAUCUAUAUUCAUUUCCUUAUGACUUUUAGAAAGUUCAAAAUAAAUAUUAAAAAUGGAAAAUGUUUAUUGUAUUUUGCCUUUAUUUUAAACAUUGAAAAACAUUUUUGGCUAAAUUUAUUAUUUUCAUUUUUAAAAAUGUCUUUAUGUGUAUUGGGUUGACACAGGGUCUCAUUAUGUAGUCCUGGCCUUGAACUUGUUAUGUUGCCCAGCCUAGCCUUGAAUUUCCAGUCCUUCUGUGUCAGCUUUCUAAUGUGUAUUAUACAGAAUUAAAAUCCGUCUCACAAUGGUUUUAUUAUUGAAAGUUUAAAUUUAUCUUUUUCCUUCUCUCAAUUCUCUUCCUAAAACCAUUUAUUCACUAUUUUCAUGUUGUUUUUUAGUGAGUAUUUGAUGUUACAUUUUUAUUUAUAUAAAUAUUGGCUAUCAAGUCAGUGUUUGUUUUUUUUAAAAACUUGUGUACUUGUAUUUAUGUCUCAUUCUGUUUAUGUUAGAUAACUUUUACUUUUAGAUGGAUCUGUACCUUUUAAUUUGGAGAAUUUUUAUUUUCUUUUUAUAAAAAUCAUACUCCUGAUUUUUCAAAAACUUUCCCCCGUGAACAUGUAGAUAAGAGCAACAAGAAAAUACAGUUAUCUGUAGUCUUAUUGCAGAUAAGUACUGUCAAAUUUUUGAGCAAAUCCUUAUUGCAUUGUUUUUAAACAAAAUGUGAUUAUGCUAUACUAUGAACAGUCUUUAAUAUUCAUUGUAUGUAACUAUAUUGUCACCAUUUUAUUUUCUUUAUUAUUUACUCAUAUUUAUCAAAAUGCUGUCUUGUCAAAAAUUGAAAUUUUGCCAGUAUAAACAGUUACCUUAAUGCCGCCUUUCUAAUGUGUUUGCAAUAUUUAUCAUUUAUUUCAAAGAGAAUGUGUGGAUUUCUUCUGCUUGUAAAAGAUGUAUACAUUACAGAUCAAGCUGUGCUUCCCUGUGACCAUUCCUGACUUCAGUUCCUGUUAACCAAUUUAAGCUUCCAGAUUCUUUUGGAUGCAUAUAUGGCACACAUUAUGUGGGCAUGGCUAAAGUACUUCAGAGCUUUGUUAUGUGAAUUCUGUAAUUGUGCCUAAUACAUAAUAAAUGCUUGGUUAAUAUUA